AUGGCAACAGCUGGAAGCUCGAUCUUGAGCAAGUCCGCUAGUGAUGUGGACUUGAAGACAAGGUUUCUUCCUGGGAUCACUCACUUGACGUCUACCACGUAUCGGACGAGACGUGGGAAGUCGGUUUAUGAAUUGCAAUAAAUUUUGGAACUACCUACAAGAACUUGUGCAAGAAUUUUGUAGCGUCCACCUUGUCUGCUCAAAAUUAUAGCAGGACCUUGAUGUAGAAGUACUAGGAGGUGCUUUGACCACAAAGAACCGGCAGAAUCUACGUGCUACUUAGUCUGAAUCUACACCUACAACUGCGUGCAACGAAUAACGAAUAUCCAUCUAUUCUUCCUCUAAUCCAUGGAUCAACACACACUGCGGAUUGAGAAUGUCCCAGCUAGAGCGCCACGGGACGUGCCUGAUCGGGUUUCUGUGCACCCUGGACGUAGACCAAGCUCGACGUACAUGGUAUCAACUUACUUUAUUUUCUUUGAUGCAACAGUAUAUUAUGUUGAUGUUUCUUUGAUGCAGUCGGUCUUAUGUAGCUGCUGCAGUGUCUCUACUCGGGUCACAACGGAACCAGGCAGCUACUCGUAGUUGCUACGUGGUUCGAAUGAAUGAAUUUUAUUUCCCUGCGAGAACAUUUCAAAGUCAAAACGAUUCUUCAUUCAUCACACCUUCCUGGUUCUAAUAGACUAUGAUCCUUACUUUCAUUUCAUCUACUUCUACCAGUUCUUGUACGUUUUGACGCACAAGAACUUGUGGCAACGAAAUGAAGGUCAACAUGAUCAAAUUCAUCAAAAUCAACUAUCGUCCGCUUUCCUCUAGUUAAGUAGCAUUAUCUUGACCAACAACAGGUGAUCAACCGUCCUCCAGACCGUGUAUAUCUUGAUCAACAACAGGUGAUCAACCGUCCUCCAGACCGUGUAUAUCUUGACCAACAACAGGUGAUCAACCGUCCUCCAGACCGUGUAUACGGAGAGGUUGUUCGUACGAAGUUUGGGGGUGAGGCGACUGUCCAAGACGCUGUGCAAACAUGGUGGGAAUGUGGUGAGCACUGGAAUCGUGACAGUAACAUCAAGAGAUGGACCUUUCAAGAGACGAGGAGAAAUGCUGCUCAGGUACUUGAUUGUUAACCUUGAUGUUCUUAAGCAUUUCUGCAUCCUGGUCUUCUAAUUCACUACUCUGUUCAUGGUAAGCAUAUCUUCUCAUUUCUGAACACGUACCUUUGUUCUAAAAACUGAAAUCCUCUCAUCACGUUGUUGACCACGUUCGGAAGUUGUAGUGAAGAUUAUAAAUAUGACUCGUAAUAUUUUUAAGCACGACAUACGCAUACUACAACAACUUCACCACCCCCUCUCCACCACUCCAGUCCGCUCACGAUGUUCAUCGACAUGAGCAAGUGAACCAUGAACGAUUGGCCAGUGAUCGGGAGAAUUUGGUGGAUCCAUUUAAAACCUGGAUUCCACCAAGACACAACGACGACUAUGAUUAUGGCUGAAGGGACUAAAAAUUGAAAUUGUUCUUGUACUAGUAGAUGAACCGCACAUCAUCUUCCUAAUAGAAGGCGUUGCACUAGUAGAUGAACCGCACAUCAUCUUUCUAAUAGAAGGCGUUGCACUAGUAGAUGAACCGCGCAUCAUCUUCCUAAUAGAUGGCGUUGCACUAGUAGAUGAACCGCACAUCAUCUUCCUAAUAGAAGGCGUACUAGAAGAAGUUGCAUUUAGUGAAGUCAUCGAGUCGUGUAGCGUUGUUCUCCGUAUCCAGUAGUACAACAGCUACAACAAAAAUAUUCUCAACAACAUUCGACAAAGAAACUUUCUCGCCCAGCUGCAUCGUUUUCCACCCCGCCCCACCGCUACCUCACUCUCAUCUCCCUCUCUAAUGCCUCCCCAAGCCUCUCGGAGCUCGUCUCAGUUGUGGGGUGCAUAAUCAAGCCUGCUCAACCCUAUGGGAUGGCGAGAUGGUGCGGCCGACUGCCAUAUACACCAAGAAAUUCCAGAAGGCUGGUGAAGAUGCAUUUAAGAAACGUGGGGUGUACUCUUUCUAGAAGUUGAGGUUCUUGUUCUUGCUAGAUGUGGACGGGUUUACUUAUUGCGUAGUGUCAAAGUUUUUCGUAUAAUAGACGUGUCAAUCAUCUUAUGAUUUUUACUGCUUAUCAAUGAUAGAAGAACUUUUAGGAAGAGGUGGAAGACAUUGCAUCUGGGACCAUUAGUACAUCAAUCUUAGCUGAUCUGAUAUUUCUUCUCAAAAGGUAAGAUCUUCAUGAGGAUACAUAUGAACAAUGCUUUUUGACUUUUUUCGAAAUUUUUGGUUCUGGGAAAACCGAACUUUGUUGUUCGUUGUGGGUAAUAUUCAUCUAAAUCAUAAAAUGAUCUUCAUCACUGUAUUUAUUCUUUGUCUUGGCAUGAUAAUUCCAGUACUGAUACGAUAUUAAUUAUAUGGGAAAUUAGCAACAGCAAGCAUGACACGCAUAACCUACUGUAUAUUCAAUUGGCAUCUAUCUUCAAUAUAUUUUUCAUGCUUGUUUUAUCUAUCGGGCUAUGUAUACAAAAUAAUGAGUAACUAUAACUUACUAAGAUAUGAGAUUAUAAGAUAAAGCCAACUACAUCAAAAUGAAAGGAACGAUCACAUGAAACGAAAUAUAUGACAUGACGCGGAAAUCUUCUACUACAGUCAGAGUAGAGUUAACUUUCCCAUACGGAAGUCUUCCGAAGAACAAGAGUCGCGUUUCAGAAUCUGUCACCGAAGAUAAUAUCACACUGGUAAGUAUCUGUUGUGUAAGAGUGAUGCCACCCGACCUGGAGAGAUCGUGAAGUGAAUAUUUG